GCGGUGGAUAAUUCGAGCGUGGAGCUGCCGGCUACAGUCGAGGUCAUCAUGAACCGAUGGAUCCUUCAGAUGGGAUUCCCCGUCGUCACCAUCGACACCCAGACGGGAAAAAUGACCCAGAAGCACUUCCUGUUGGACCCCGAAUCUGUAGUGGACCGACCCUCAGAGUUCAAUUACGAGUGGUUUGUCCCCGUCACCUGGAUAAAGACUGGAGCAGCUGAACAGUCCUUCUGGCUUGUUAAAAAAGAAGCUACGAACAGUAGCUUUGUCACCGGUGCAGAUGAGUGGCUCGUGGCCAACAUUGACAUGAAGGGUUUCUACCGAGUGAACUACGACGAUAAAAACUGGGAACGCCUCCUCGCCAAACUGAGCUCCAAACAUGAGGAUAUUCGAGUGAUUAACCGAGCUCAAAUCAUCGAUGACGCUUUUAAUCUCGCAAGAGCGAAGAUAGUGGACACGACUCUGGCUCUGAGGACCACCACCUUCCUGGAUAAAGAGGUGGAAUAUAUGCCCUGGGAGACGUUCAGGAGAAACUUAAGCUACUACUUCCUGAUGUUUGACCGCAGCGAAGUGUACGGACCCAUGCAGGCUUACCUGAAGAAACAGGUUGAACCUCUAUUCAAACACUUCAAAAAUAUCACUGGCAACUGGACAAAGAUCCCAGAAAUGCACACCGAACAGUAUAACCAGGUGAAUGCGAUCUCCAUGGCCUGCAGCACAGGAGUGGACGGCUGCAAGGAGCUGACCAGCGGCUGGUUCACUGAGUGGAUGAAUAAUCCAGCUGUCAACAAGUGUAUAUCAUUGCUCCAGUUUAAAGAAGACAACGCGGGUAACUUCGGGUCGGGCACGACGGCUCUGGAGCAGUCGCUGGAGAGGACCAAAGCCAACAUGAAGUGGGUCGCUUUGAACAAGAAACCAGUGUUGGACUGGUUCGAGAGUCAGACUCCUGCCGUUUAA